CAGCGGCUGUGUCCGGCUCCGGAGCUCCAGCAGCAGCAGCGGCAGUAGCUGCAGAAGCGGCGGCAGAAGCAGAAGCAGCGGCCGCGGUCUCUGUGUUGUCCUCCCCGCCCGACCCCGGCCCUCCGCGGCAGAGCUCCGCGCGGACACCGGCCUCUCCUCCGGCACCGUCAGCGGGGACCUGGGCUCGCCCCGCGCCCCGGCCUCGGAGCGAUGGAGCCGGACAAGCUGGACGAGAGCGACUGGCGGUACCACGGAGAGGGGAACAAGAGCCUGGUGGUGUCGCACAUUCAGAUUCCCAGAGUUCUUCGUCUGCUCAAGUACCCGGCGGCCGACUCUGAGAACCCUCCACAGACGGCGGAGCAGGCCUACAGACAGAUCCAGAACAUCGUGGACUUUACCUCAAACGUCAUGAGCAGCUUCAUUGGAGAACAGUUCAUCCACAGUGGGGAGGUGGUGAAGUUGCCUCUGGAGUUCGUGAGGCAGUUGUCCAUCCGAGUGCAGCACCACAGACCAGCGUGGAGAUGUACUAAAGUGAUGGACAUCUACAGCGGCUGUGCUCUGUGUCUGCCCAACCUGACCACGCCCCUUUACCACCAGCCCACGCUGACCCCGCCCCUCUGCAUCGAGAUCAAGCCAAAGUGCGGUUUCCUGCCCACGUCCAAACACGUCUCCAAGGAAAUCAAGACCAGAGUGUGUCGCUUCUGCAUGCACCAGCACUACAAGGUUUCUAACGGGAUCUGGAAGAAGCGCAGCCUCUACUGCCCCCUGGACCUGUUCUCCGGGAGCCGACAGAGAAUGACCUUUGCCAUCAGACACUUGAUAGAAGAACCUCAGAACAACUUCAAAAUAUUCAAGGGCGGGCAGUUGAUCUACAGCAGCAGGGAGCGGGACCGGGACGACUCGGACGACGGCUCCUCGGACUUCGUGGCGUCUCUGGUGAACCAGCUCCGGCCGUACUUCACCUGCGCGACGCAACGCAUCAGCGGUCUCCACGGCAACAAGAGCCUCCUCAACGACUUCAUCCAGGUUUUGGUGAAAGCGCUGCUGAGUGGGGGCGGGGCCAGCACCGUAGACUCCUCCCACAGACACACAGAGGGGCGGAGCUUCUGCGAGGCCAGCGCCUUCAACCGAGAGCGCCUCAGACACCACUCUCAGGGGCUGCCCUCAGACUGCGUCCUCUCUCGGGUCUUACACACUCAGAUGUUGGACUCUCUGGACAUCGAGGGCCUGUUUCCUCUGUACAGACGAGUGGAGCAGCACCUGCACAACUUCCCCAAAGAACGGAGCCGCCUGCAGGUGGAGGGCCCCUACGACGAGAUGUUUCUGGAGAAGCUUCAGAAGUGUCCCUCAGAAGACGACGGCUCCGUGGAGUACGCCGCCGCCAAGGUUCAUCAGUACAGAGCGGCCAUGACGGCGAAGGACUGCUCCAUCAUGAUCACACUAAUGCCCACGACAGAAGAAGACGACGCCCAGCAGAGGUCCUUCUCGUUCUCGGUGUCGGUCCUGGACCUGGACCCUAAGCCGUUUGAGAGUGUUCCUCGUCAGCUCCGCUUGGAUCAGAAAGUCGUAAAUGGAUAUUUACGAAACUCCAGCGGAAUCUGCCCCAGAACGACACAACCACGAGACGACUGCACCACCCUCCUCUUCCAUCCUGUUUGAUCGUCUCCUCUGCAGAUCGGAGCGCCCCCUGGUGUCUCCUCCCCCGACCUGGUGUCUCCCGACCUGGUGUCUCCCGACCUGGUGUCUCCUGACCUGGUGUCUCCCGACCUGGUGUCUCCCGACCUGGUGUCUCCUUCCCCGACCCGGUGUGUCCUUUUCCCAGUGUGUCCUUAACCCUAACCUCCUUGGACAUAAACGCUCGCUCGUGAUUGGAGGAGAGCUGUGUGAUGUCACUGGGGCUGCGUCCAGUUUCUGUGAAGCUGGAGAGUUUAGUCACUAAUGUCUAACGUUUACAAAGACGCACACAGAGCAGAGACGCACACACACACACACACGUACGCACACACACACACACACACACAGACAGAGCAGAGACGCGCGCACACACACACACACGCACGCACGCACGCACACACACACACACACACACACAGAGACAGACACACACACACACAGACAGAGCAGAGACGCGCACACACACACACACAGAGCAGAGACGCACACAUGCACACACACACACACACACUCCACAACAGGAAACACACAAGUCUCACUUCUGCUCGCGGGAAAUACUUGACACACAAUAAUACUUUAAUUUUUUGGUUUUUAUUUUUGUUGUUUUUUUGUUCCCUUUGGUGGUGUUACACUUC